AUGUCUGAACAGAAGAAAUCCGGUGGAAUCUUAGGUGGCUUAGGCGAGACCGCUGGCAACGCGUUGAGCGGUGUGACCGAUACUGUUGGCAAUACUGUUGGAAGCGCUGGCAAGGGCGUGGGCGACACUUUGGGAGGUGUGAGCUCCGGUCUAGGCAAUACGGUGAAAGGUGCCGGCGAUACCACAAAGAAUACCAUUGGCAAAGCCACAGGUAGCAGCGCUGGGGACGAGAGCAAGCAGACUGCCCAGAAUCCAUUGGGCCUGUGA